UCGUUGAGGUACUUAUAAAUACCAAAAUCGAAUUCCAUUCGUCAUCUUUCCUUCUCCAAAUGCUCCCUCUCUGCACAAUCUCUAUUGGAUCUCACAUACCUAUGCAAUCUUGAUUGGUUUAUUUUUUCCCCCUUUUUUGUUAAGCUUAAUUUAUAUGUAAAUGGCGUCAGCGGAGCAAUUCAUGGGCCGAGGGGCUAAGUACGUGCAAAUGCAACCGGAGGCACGGCCCCGGGGCUCGCCGUCGACGAGGUCAACAUACUUCUCGUUUCAUCAGCAGAAUUUUCCGGAAGCUGACCGUCCUCGGAUUUUUGACGAGUUGCCGGUAGCUACUAUCGUUCAAAUUUCGCGGCCCGAUGCCGCGGAUAUUAGCCCCAUGAUGCUCACUUACACGAUUGAAUUCCAAUACAAAGAGUUCAAGUGGCAGUUAAUGAAAAAAGCUUCUCAAGUUUUCUAUUUACACUUUGCUCUGAAGAAGCGAAAAUUUAUUGAGGAGAUACAUGAGAAGCAAGAGCAGGUUAGAGAAUGGCUUCAAAAUUUAGGAAUAGGAGAUCAUGCUCCAGUUAUGCCUGAUGAUGAAGAACCAGAUGAUGAGGCUGUUCCUUCACGUAAUGACGAGAUUGCUAAGAACAGAGAUGUUCCUUCUAGUGCUGCUCUUCCAAUUAUCCGUCCGGCGCUUUUAAGGCAGCAUUCAAUGUCAGACAGAGCAAGAGGAGCUAUGCAAGGAUACUUGAAUCACUUCCUCAGCAAUAUAGAUAUUGUGAAUUCUGAAGAGGUGUGCAAGUUUUUGGAAGUUUCCAAGUUAUCUUUCUCACCAGAGUAUGGUCCUAAGCUGAAGGAAGAUUACAUUAUGGUAAAGCAUUUACCAAAAAUUCUGGGCAAUGAUGAUGAUGAAAGAUGUUGUUCAUGCCAAUGGGUCAGUUGUUGCAGGGAUAAUUGGCAAAAGGUUUGGGCUGUACUGAAACCUGGAUUCCUGGCCUUUCUUAAGCACCCAUUUGAUCUGAAGCCUUUAGACAUUGUUGUUUUUGAUGUUCUACCAGCCUCAGAUGGUAAUGGAGAGGGUCGAGUAUUCUUGGCAAAAGAAGUGAAUGAUCACAAUCCUCUGCGCCACUACUUCAGGGUGACUUGUGGCACUCGGAGCAUCAAGCUUAGAACCAAAAGCAAUGCCAAAGUUAAAGAUUGGGUUGCGGCAAUCAAUGAUGCUGGUCUUCGGCCACCUGAAGGUUGGUGUCACUCACAUCGCUUUGGCUCCUUUGCUCCUCCUCGGGGUUUGACCGCAGAUGGAAGUCAAGCUCAGUGGUUUGUGGAUGGUCGUGCUGCAUUUAAAGCUAUUGCUCUGGCUAUUGAGGAAGCAAAAUCUGAGAUAUUUAUAUGUGGCUGGUGGUUGUGUCCAGAACUAUACUUGCAGCGUCCGUUCCAUGCUCAUCCAUCCUCUCGGCUUGAUUCUUUACUGGAAUCUAAAGCCAAGCAAGGUGUUCAGGUAUACAUUCUCCUAUACAAGGAGGUUGCUCUAGCUCUCAAAAUUAACAGUGUCCAUAGCAAGAGAAAGCUACUGAGCAUUCAUGAGAAUAUCAGAGUACUUCGAUAUCCUGAUCAUUUUUCUACGGGUGUCUAUCUGUGGUCCCACCAUGAAAAAAUUGUCAUUGUGGAUCACCAGAUUUGUUUUAUUGGAGGCCUUGAUCUGUGCUUUGGCCGGUAUGACUAUGGUGAACACAAGGUGGGUGAUCAUCCCGCUCAAAUAUGGCCUGGCAAGGAUUAUUACAAUCCAAGGGAAUCAGAACCAAAUUCCUGGGAGGAUAUGAUGAAGGAUGAACUAGAUCGAAAAAAAUAUCCACGUAUGCCAUGGCACGAUGUCCAAUGUGCCCUCUGGGGGCCCCCAUGCCGUGAUUUAGCCCGGCAUUUUGUACAGAGAUGGAACUAUGCAAAGAGAAAUAAGGCCCCAAAUGAACAAGCUAUUCCAUUGCUCUUGCCUCAGCACCACAUGGUUAUUCCCCAUUACUUGGGAAUGAACAAAGAGAUAGAGUUUGGUCAUAUGAAUAAUGGUAGCCAUACAGACAUCAAAAGAAAUGACUCCUUUUCUUCUCGAGCAUCAUCUCAAGAUAUACCUUUGCUUAUGCCAAAAGAGGCUGGGGGGCUGGAUGAUGUAGAGGGAGAAACAAAAUUAAAUGGGUUUAAUACAUUGCAUGAUCUUGAUGAUCAUCCAAGCAGGAGGUACAGGACUCCUUUCUAUUUCCACAAGUCCAGAAUUGAGCCAUUAGUCCCAGAAAUGCCUCUGAGGGAUUUUUCAGAUGAUCUCGGUACCUCGGAUCAAAGUGAAUUCUCCUCCAAUGUGAUGCAGCUCGGAACGCAAGUUUCUGAAAAAGACUGGUGGGAAACACAAGAACGUGGCAAUCAAGUUCUUAGCGCUGAUGAAACUGGACAAGUGGGUCCUCAUGUUUCAUGCAGCUGUCAGGUUAUAAGGAGUGUCAGUCAGUGGUCAGCUGGUACAAGCCAGAUUGAAGAAAGUAUUCACAAUGCUUACUGUUCACUUAUUGAAAGAGCUGAACAUUAUGUCUACAUUGAGAAUCAAUUUUUCAUCUCUGGUCUAUCAGGUGAUGAACUGAUUCACAAUCGUGUUUUAGAAGCAUUAUAUAGGCGUAUCAUGCGAGCUCACAAUGAGAAGAAGUGUUUCAGGGUUAUUAUUGUAAUACCUCUUCUACCAGGUUUCCAGGGUGGUGUUGAUGAUUCUGGUGCUGCAUCUGUCAGAGCCAUUAUGCAUUGGCAAUAUCGGACAAUAUGCAGAGGACAUAAUUCGAUACUGCAUAAUCUAUAUGACCUUGUUGGGCCUAGAGUGCAUGAUUAUAUAUCCUUCUAUGGUCUGAGAGCAUAUGGCAGACUUUUUGAUGGCGGCCCUGUUGCCACCAGUCAGGUGUAUGUUCAUAGCAAGAUCAUGAUUAUUGACGACCGUAUGACAUUGAUGGGCUCUGCUAAUAUUAAUGACAGAAGUUUGCUUGGUUCUAGAGAUUCUGAGAUUGGUGUGCUUAUCGAGGAUAAAGAAUUUGUUAAUUCGUUGAUGGGAGGCAGUUAUUGGAGAGCUGGAAAAUUUGCUUCGAGUCUCCGCAUAUCUCUAUGGUCAGAGCACCUUGGUCUUCAUGCUGGAGAGGUUAAUCAAAUUCGAGAUCCGGUGAUUGAUUCAACCUAUAAGGACAUAUGGAUGGCAACUGCAAAGACAAAUACAAUGAUCUACCAAGACGUGUUUUCCUGUAUUCCAAAUGAUCUCAUACAUACAAGGGUUGCGCUCCGACAAGGGAUGAGCUUCUGGAGAGAAAAAGUUGGGCAGACGACCAUUGAUUUAGGAAUAGCCCCAAAGAAGUUAGAAACAUACGUAAAUGGAGAUGUUAAGGGCACAGAUCCUAUGGAAAGAUUAGAAUGUGUGAAGGGACAUCUGGUGUCGUAUCCUUUGGAAUUUAUGUGCAAAGAAGACUUAAGACCUGUAUUCAAUGAAAGCGAAUACUAUGCAUCACCCCAAGUUUUUCAUUAAGCAUAAGGAGCAGUCCAUGUACUCUAAUAAUUGGAGAGUUUCCAUUCAUGCCACAGGAUUUAUUUAUGUACUUUAAGCAGCACCCAAGAUGAAGUACUUGGAGGAAAGAAGUUGAAAAGGUGUGAAAUUAUGUACUUUGUCUUCCUGUAAGAGACAUUAUUCUUCUUCA